AUCAGAUUACCUGAGAAAAUGUCAGGACGUAGAAAGAAGAACAAGAGCAAAUUGUUGCAGAGAAGGCACCGUCACGUCCUCGGUAAGGAGCAAAGGUACCAUCAGUCGCGAGACCGAGAAUCGGAUGAAUCGAGCGAGGAGAAUGACAAGACAGAGUCGGCAAACGAGUGGCCGUUACCAUUCCCCGUGGCUAUGUGGGACUUGGAGCACUGUGAUCCCAAAAAAUGUACUGGCAGGAAGCUGAUGAGACAAGGUUUAAUAAAGUUGUUGCGAUUGGGCACUCGAUUUCAAGGCCUAUGCCUCACUCCUAAGGGUAGCAAGUGCGUGACUCCCUUGGAUCGUGAAAUUGUGCAAAAGUACGGCUGUGCAGUCGUAGAUUGUAGUUGGUCACGGAUAGACGAUACUCCUUUCCACAAAGUAAAGACAGCCCAUCCUCGCAUCUUGCCAUUCUUGGUUGCUGCCAAUCCUGUCAACUUUGGGAGACCCUGUGAGUUGAGUUGUGUCGAAGCUAUUGCGGCUACUUUAAUUAUAACAGGAUUCACGGAUGAAGCUAAGCUAUAUCUUGAGAAGUUUCGUUGGGGACACUCAUUCUUGAAGCUGAAUGAUGAAUUGUUGGAAAAGUAUGCUCGUUGUGCAAAUAUUGAGGAAGUGAUAGCAGUACAAGAUAAAUUUUUAGAAGAUGCCUGGAAAGAGAAAAUAAAUAGGCUUGCGCUUCCCGUCUUCCCGCAAAGUGAUACGUCAUCUGAAGAAGAAGAAAAAGAAGAAAAAGACAAAGAUAAGAAUAUAGUAUCCGAAAUAACUGAAAAUCUAGACAGUGCAAAAGUAUAAAGUACAAUGAUUAAUUAUGAUUAUUUGACACGAUCGAGUAUUAUAAUAACUUUUACAUAUGUAAACAUUU